CCCUAGUGAUUAUUCAUUUGAUAUUUCCAACAAACCUAACCCUCACCCUCACUUCUUCCAAUUCCAUCAUGAACUCAACUAUGAAGCUCUGCACAGCUCGAGGCAUCUCGAGCGUUGCUUCGCCCCAUCCCAAGCUUCUCCCUACCAAUCAAAUUCAGUCCGUUCACUGCAAAACUCAAUUUCCUUCCCUGCUCAAGCAAACCAGAUUCAACUGCGGAUUGAGAUGCCGUACUAGUUCAUCUCUGAGAUCAACCACACCUGAGGAGACCUCGGCCGGGAGGACUUCCUAUGGCACCGAUGAACCUGUUCUGGAUGGUGAUAUAACUGUGGACAAAACUGAUGUUGAUGAAAAUAUCGUAGAUUGUGAAACGCAGCAAAAUGAAGCACCGCAAGAAGGUUCUUUGGUUGAUAAUCUGCAGUUUCUGAAGUUCUUGGAGGAAUUCGAUAUUAAGUUGGAUUAUGAGGACACAUCUUCAAUUCUUGUGUUUGGUGGUGGUGGUGCUGUCGCCCUUUGGCUAGCAGCAGCUGUUGUUGGUGCAGUUGAUUCUAUUCCAUUGGUUCCAAAAGUGUUGGAACUUGUUGGUCUUGGCUACACGAUCUGGUUCAGCUCACGCUACCUUAUCUUCAAGGAGAAUAGGGAUGAGUUGUUUGCUACGGUUGAACAGAUUAAGCAGCAGGUGCUUGGUUCCAAGGACAAAUAAUAUGCUGGAAUUGGGAUUUUGCUUAGCUAAGUGAGUAAUGGAUCCUUCUGUAACACAUAGUAGUAUGUUUUUUGUUGUGGAAAUAUUAUAAUAUCGUCGUUGCAUUUCCUAAAUUUUAUUUUUGACAAUGCUUUAAUCUCCGAGGAUACGAGAGUGCAUUCUGUUUUUGUGGAAUUCUUGAGAUUCAGGAUAAAAAUUUCAAAUUUUGUA